CUAUUAGUUCUGCGACAAGAUGUCUGCUAUUUCGUUGAUAGGUCGUGUUUUGGGGAAAGAAAUUACAGAAAUUUGUAACAAAACAAAAGUAUUGUGCCAAGUGCAGCCGAAGAGAUAUCGAUGGAAUCUCGUGAAACUUCCAGAACCCGGCAAAAACGGAAAAUCUUUCCGGAGAAUUGUUCAUUUCAAAGAUGAAUACACUGUUGAACCUUUAAAAGUUACGAAUUUGGGAGGCAGAGAUCCUGUUACAGGAAGGAUAGUAGUAAAAGGUAUUGGAGGAGGGAUCAAGCACAAGUACCAUUGGAUCAAAUGGGUCAGAGAAGGACCCUCUGAUUUGAAUGAACCACCACGCGAACAUAAGGUCUUAGAAAUAUUCAAAGAUGGAUGCAGGACAUCAUUUGUCGCUUUGAUCGGAAGUGGAAAGGACCUGCACUAUAUUCUUGCCACAGAGAACAUGAAAGUUGGCGACAUAAUUCGUACCCAUUGGGGCAUACCUGUAAAUCCUAUCAGACCCAACGAAGGAGACUGUUAUCCACUGAAAGCAAUGCCUCUCGGCACUGUAGUUAAUUGUGUAGAAAAAUAUCCAGGCUUAGGUGGCUUUCUUAUCCAUGCUGCUGGAACCUGUGGCAUAAUAAAGAAAUAUGACGGAGACGAUCGUGUGGUAGUGAAAAUGCCGAGUAAGAGGGAGUUCAGUUUACACGAGUCGUGUAUGGCGACGGUCGGUAGAUUAUCGAACGUAAAACACGGAUCAACACCAAUAGGCAGCGCACAAAAGAAUAGGGAACUUGGUAAUAGACCUAGAAGCGGUCUCUGGCACAGGAAAGAUGGUCGACACGGUCGCAAAAUUAAACCUCCAAAACCAGUUCAAAGGAUUCACAAUCCUCAGGAUCAUGGUGAGGUAAAACUCAACUUAAAUCUAGGAGACUUGAAUGAUUAAAAACUAAAUGUAUAAAUUUGUACUCAAUAAAUCUUCGUUUAUUGUACUGUU